UUGGAGACGUGGCUCGGGACCGCCAUCUUGGCAAAAGGCAGAGCGGCAGCGGCUCCUGUCAGGGGGGCAGCAGGUCCCAGCGGCCGGUGCUCCCCUUCCCCGGACCCCGACUCUUGUGCCAGUGGAGCCUGAGCGCCGGUGCGCCCCCCCCGUCCCCGCCCUCAUCAUGGUGCUUUUGGCAGCAGCGGUCUGCACGAAAGCAGGAAAGGCUAUUGUUUCCCGACAGUUUGUGGAAAUGACUCGAACUCGAAUUGAGGGCUUGUUAGCAGCUUUUCCAAAACUCAUGAACACUGGAAAACAACAUACAUUUGUUGAAACAGAGAGUGUAAGAUAUGUCUACCAGCCUAUGGAGAAAUUGUACAUGGUACUGAUCACUACCAAAAAUAGCAAUAUUUUAGAAGACCUGGAAACCCUAAGGCUCUUCUCAAGAGUGAUCCCUGAAUAUUGCCGGGCCUUAGAGGAGAAUGAAAUAUCAGAUCAUUGUUUCGAUUUGAUUUUUGCCUUUGAUGAAAUUGUCGCCCUGGGGUACCGGGAGAAUGUUAACCUGGCACAGAUCCGAACCUUCACAGAAAUGGAUUCUCAUGAAGAAAAGGUUUUCAGAGCAGUCAGAGAGACUCAAGAACGUGAAGCCAAGGCUGAGAUGCGACGUAAAGCAAAGGAAUUACAACAGGCCCGAAGAGAUGCAGAGAGAAUGGGCAAAAAAGCACCAGGAUUUGGGGGAUUUGGAAGUUCUGCAGUAUCUGGAGGCAGCACAGCUGCCAUGAUCACAGAAACCAUCAUUGAAACAGAUAAACCUAAAGUGGCUCCUGCACCAGCCAGACCUUCAGGCCCCAGCAAGGCAUUGAAACUUGGAGCCAAAGGGAAGGAAGUAGAUAACUUUGUAGACAAGUUGAAAUCUGAAGGUGAAACUGUCAUGUCCUCCAAUAUGGGAAAACGCACCUCUGAAGCAACCAAAGUGCAUGCUCCGCUUAUUAACAUGGAAAGUGUGCACAUGAAGAUUGAGGAAAAGAUCUCACUCACUUGUGGUAGAGAUGGCGGAUUACAGAAUAUGGAGUUGCAUGGCAUGAUAAUGCUUAGAAUCUCAGAUGAUAAAUUUGGCCGUAUUCGUCUUCAUGUGGAAAAUGACGAUAAGAAAGGUGUACAGCUACAGACCCAUCCAAAUGUGGAUAAAAAACUUUUCACUGCAGAAUCUCUGAUUGGUUUGAAGAAUCCAGAGAAGUCAUUUCCAGUCAACAGUGAUGUUGGGGUGCUAAAAUGGAGACUACAAACCACAGAGGAAUCUUUUAUUCCACUGACAAUUAACUGCUGGCCUUCAGAGAGUGGUAAUGGCUGUGAUGUCAACAUAGAAUAUGAGCUACAAGAAGAUAAUUUAGAGCUGAAUGAUGUGGUUAUCACCAUCCCACUCCCAGCUGGUGUCGGUGCUCCCGUGAUUGGUGAGAUUGAUGGCGAAUAUCGGCAUGACAGUCGGCGAAACACUUUGGAGUGGUGCCUGCCAGUGGUUGAUGCCAAAAAUAAGAGUGGCAGCCUUGAAUUCAGCAUUGCUGGACAGCCCAAUGACUUCUUCCCUGUUCAAGUCUCUUUCAUCUCCAAAAAAAAUUACUGUAACAUACAGGUUACCAAAGUGACCCAGGUAGAUGGAAACAGCCCUGUAAGGUUUUCCACAGAGACCACUUUUCUAGUGGAUAAGUAUGAAAUCCUGUAAUAUCCAGAAGAGGGGAUCAAAAAGGAAAAUUUUCAAAUUAAUAAAGAAGCCAGCAGUGGCUGAAGAGUUUUUUCCAAACCUACAAGCCAUUGGAGAACCCCCCUUUUUUUCUGAUACAGUGCACGGUUUUCUGCACGCAGGACCCACAAUUUAUCCUCAGUGUUUCAGCGUUGCAGAGACAUUCAUUGUCAAAGAAAUGACACAAACAUAAAGGGAAAGGCUGCUGAUUUCUUUGGCAUAAUUAACUGGCCAGCAGGAAAGCCAGUUCUCCAGAGAAUACCCUCAAUUCACUACCUUCUCUGCUUCCACCUAACUUGCUCCUUUAUUUUAAUCCCUAAAUAUAUAUUUCAUGCUUAAAAAUUUUUUUUUCUCUGCAGAAAAAUUUUAUCUUUAAGGCUCCUUUACCUUCAGUUUCUUUCUGUACAUUUAAUCAAGCACCAGGAUCACUUAUAUGUAUGCAUCAUAUUGGUCUGGCACUCCUAGAACAAGUUUAUCUAAUCCAUUCUUGAUUUUUCGACUGGACAGGUGAACUGUUUCAGGGACAUAGGUUCUAAAUGUUAACAGAUAAAUCCAUUUUCUAUUUCCAGUCAUCUUUUCACUCCUUUGCCAGGUUGAUUUUCUUUUAAGUCUAUCACUCCAGUUUACUGCUGUGAACCCUAUCUGUGUCAAUAUUAAAGACAGCUGAGAAAUGGUUUUCAAAUGGCACAGCCCCCACUUCUUCAAGAUGUCUGGGAGGAGAGUGGUUAUGUCCAGUUGGGAUUUCAUAUCCACAAGUAAUCAUGUCUGUUGCUGGUGCUACCCAGGCUCCCAAUUCUCCACAUUUUGGGUACUUCAGCUAAAGCAUAAUGGUUCACGGUCUUUAUGAUCUAUUCAGAUUUUUCAGAUUUAACAAUUCCCUCUUCCUGAUUUCUCAGUCCUUUCCUUUCUAGCAGAGACAACAUAAUUGUGGAGUUGAGUUCAGUAAAUGUUUGUGUCAAUCCCAGGAACUGUAAACUAUUGAAACGACUCCCACUUUCACCACAUGUUUAGUAUAUCAAGAAGCAACUGAUUAUAUUUGUUUUUGGGAAUUGCUGGUAUGUGCUCCAUUUCCUUCCAGCCUGCCCAGCAUUUUUUCACCGGCCUGUUUAUCCAGGUCUUUGAAAUCUUUUUCCUUCCUUAGCCUUUUUCUUUUAGUGUUAUCAUCUUAUCCCCCCACCUACACACACACAGUCCAAUAUCCUCAGUGGAGUCCAAUAUCCUCAGUGGAGACUACCAUAUCAGCCAACCCAGCAUUGGCUUUGGAUUGGAAGGGUUGGUGGAGAUGCUUCCAGAUUGCAUGCAGCCUUUGGCAGGAUAAAGAGUAGAUGACAAUAGAUGACUUCCUACUUUUUGAGCUGUUGAAGAGUACCACUCCCACUCUGAGCAACCUCUGUCUCCCCUGCAAAGAGUAUAUUAUACUUAAAGCAAAGCAGUCACACACAGAUGGCCAUGGAUUAAAUUAUUUGCCAAAGAAAUUUUUGGCCUUUCCCUUAGCUGCACCAGGGAAGAGUACUUAUUUCUAGUUUGGUUCCCACGUGCGGUUUUUUGAGAAAAGGGACUGGGACAAGAGAUCUGUCUUGUAGUUAAAUAGGCAAGAAAUCUUAUUAAUCCAGUUUGUCUGAAGUUGCUUGUCCAUAUGAUUUUUUUAAAAGUCAAGCUUAGUUUCACACACACACAAAAAAACUUGUUUUCCUGAAAUUACUUUUCAGGUAAUAUUUAAAAUGAAACAUGUUUUGUAACCCUGUAAAAUGCAUAGGGAAUAACAUUCCAUUGUACACAAGAAGGCAAAUUCUUUAAUCAAAUAAAGAGUAUUAUAAAAUGAA